UAGACCCGGUGUGCCUGGAAACCUGAACGAGAGAGAGCAGUGUGUCAGACUGGCCUUGUACCGGAGGUACCCGAACGCUUUCUCUAGCCGGGAUGCUCUAAAACAAGCCUUUAUAAAGCGAAGACACCGGCAUCAGGAGAGGGUUUGCGUUUUGUGAGAUCAAUCUGCUUCGUCUUUGAUUCACUCCAGCAACACCCUUGUGAAAAUGGGGUGAUUGUGUUCUUUCAUCAUCUAUUUAACUAACCUGGAACAAGCCCGGGGCAAUGAUGUCAGACGAUUCAGACUCCAAGCCCUAUCGCUUCCCGGUGCUGGAGGACGAGGAAGGAAACUCAGAGUGCAGAGUGUCCACCUCAUGCAGCUCCAUGCCAAGGGGGGCCUCAGGGUGCAGCUCCAUGGCACAGCUACACCGGAUGAGUGGCUACAGCCAAGGUGGGCCUGACCUAGGCCUUCCCUCGGAGGGCAGCGACAGCAGCGGUCAGGACCCCCCCGCCUCACCGCACAACCAUCGCAAGAAUGCCCGCUCCCGAUCGCUCCCAGAGGAGGACGUGGAGAUGAAGAGCAGUGGGUCCAGCGGGAGUGGAACCGAAUCACACAGCAAUGAAAGCCACGGCAACGAGAGUCAUGGCAACGAGAGCCACGGCCAUGAGUCGUUGGGCAGCUCCAAUGGCAACAGUAAAGACUCGGCCCUGCUGGAAUCUUCUGAAAGCAACAAGAGCUCGAACUCCCACAGUCCAUCUCCUCCCAGCAGCUCAAAUGCCUUCAGUCUUCUGAGCUCAGAGCAGGACAACCCAUCAACCAGCGGCUGCAGUAGUCAGGAGUCCGCCAAAGCCAAGACCCAGAAGGAGGUGAUUAAAACUCUGAAAGAGCUGAAGCUUCAUCUGCCCGCUGAGAAGAGACACAGUAAAAAGUCUACCACAUUGAACACCCUCAAGUAUGCGCUGCGCUGUGUCAAACAGGUGGAAGCCAAUGAGGAGUAUUACCAGCUGCUGAUGAUCAAUGACAGUCAACCUUCAGGCCUGGAUGUAUCCUCUUAUACGAUAGAGGAGAUAGACAGCAUCACUUCUGAAUACACCCUCAAAAACAACGACAUUUUUGCAGUAGCAGUGUCUCUCAACACGGGAAGGAUAGUCUACAUUUCUGAUCAGGCUGCCUCCAUCCUCAACUGCAAAAGAGAUGUGUUCAAGAACACCAAAUUUGUGGAGUUCCUGACGCCGCAGGAUGUUAGUGUGUUCUACAGCUUCACAACGCCUUACCGACUGCCUUCCUGGAGCAUGUGCACUGGAGCAGAGUCAUCCCCAUCUGACUGCAUGCAGGAGAAGUCCUUCUUCUGUCGUAUCAGUGGUGGUAAGGAGUGUGAGGGCGAUCUUCAGUACUAUCCGUUCCGCAUGACACCCUACCUGAUGAAGGUCCAAGACACAGUACAUGCUGAAGACCAGUUCUGCUGCCUCCUGCUGGCAGAGAGAGUUCACUCUGGAUAUGAUGCACCCAGAAUUCCAACAGACAAACGCAUCUUCACCACCACACACACUCCGAGUUGUGUGUUUCAGGAUGUGGAUGAGAGGGCAGUUCCUCUCCUCGGGUACCUCCCCCAGGACCUGAUUGGCACACCGGUCCUCCGCCACCUGCAUCCCAAUGACCGACCGAUUAUGUUGGCCAUUCACAGAAAGAUUCUUCAAUACGCAGGACAACCAUUUGACCACUCGUCCAUCCGGUUCUGUGCGCGAAAUGGAGAAUACAUCAUUCUUGACACCAGCUGGUCCAGUUUCGUCAACCCCUGGAGCCGCAAGGUCUCCUUCGUUAUUGGGAGACACAAAGUGCGCAUGGGCCCCGUGAAUGAAGAUGUUUUCGUAGCCCCAGCCUCUGCUGUAAGCGAGAUGAAGACCAUGGACUCUGACAUCCAGGAGGUUACUGAGCAGAUCCAUAGGCUCCUGCUACAGCCGGUUCAUAACAGUGGGUCCAGCGGUUAUGGCAGUCUGAACAGAAACGACCACCUUUUGGGCUUGACCUCCUCUAGCGAUAACCUUGACAACGGCAGCGGGAGCAAGACGCGACAAGAGGAUGAGGAAGUGAGCAGCAAAGCCAGACCCCGAACUUUUCAGGAAAUCUGUAAGGGAAUUCAUCUUCAGAAGUGCCAGGAGCAGCACACAACCAAACCAGACAACAAGAAAAACAAUGGCAUAGAGUCUGUACAGAAGAGCCCAGCGGUGGUGCGGCCCAAAGAAUUGGCAGCUCCUCUCAACUAUAGGGAGACCGGUGCCACUAUGGAGGAGAGUAGUUCCUCUUUCCAGGAGGAGAUGGCCGCCAAUGAUCAGACCGUCUACUCCUACCAGCAGAUCAGCUGUCUGGACAGUGUUGUCAGGUACCUGGAGAGCUGUAAUGUUCCCAUCACCAUGAAGAGGAAGUGCCAGUCUUCCUCUAACACCACGUCCUCUAACUCAGAUGAUGACAAACAGAAAGGAUCUAACAGCAUGCAGGUGUCUGAAGAACCAGCCUUGUUGAAGGAUCAGUCUGAUCUCUCCGCUUUGGAUGUUCGAGACAAAAAGUCCAGUGACGCGGCCACAGCGGUAGUGGGCACUUCACUGCCCCUACCUGUACCUAACAAACCAGAAAGUGUGAUGUCCAUAACCAGCCAGUGUAGCUACAGUAGCACCAUAGUGCAUGUUGGGGACAAGAAACCUCAACCAGAGUCAGAAAUCAUAGAGGACGUCCCGGGAACAGGAGAGACGGCAGAAUCCAUCCAGAACCCCGGGCCUCCUCCAUCUGCUGUUUUACCUCCUAGUCAGGAGAGGGAGUCCUACAAGAAACUGGGGUUGACCAAGCAGGUUUUGGCAGCCCAUACGCAGAAGGAGGAGCAGGCCUUUCUGUAUCGCUUCAGAGAGCUUCGUGGACUCUCAGCAAUCAAAGCAAACUGCUCGCAGUACCUGGAGCGCCAGAGAGAACAGAUCGCCAGCGAUGCUGUACCCGCUGUUCGAUCCUGCAAGCAGAGUGCACCGGGUGCAGAGCCCACCACGCGGCGGGGCACACGGAAUAAGAAGACCAAGUCAAAGCGAACGAAGCAGACCCAGUCCUCAGACAGCACAGUGUCCCAUCACAGACAACAGCUGCGGCCUCCUCUUCUAAACCACGGCCUUAACCCAACCUCUUGGUCUCUCUCUGACACCUCACAGUCAACAUUUCCCAUGGCCUACCCCUCCGUGAUACCAGGCUACCCCCUCCAGGUUUACCCCAGAGCCAGUUCCGUAGCGCCCCACACAGAUGGCACUCUACCUGGCUUUAGGGACAGCCAGGCCCCCCAGCCCCCUCCCUGCCCGCCAUCCAUACAUCCUGCUCCCUACACCGCCCACAUGGUUACCCCCAUUAUGGCCGUUGUGCUGCCCAACUACAUGUACCCUCCAAUGGCCCCCGGCCCGCUACCACCACAGCCAGUGUACCACACAGAGACUGGUGGCUUCCCCACCCAAACACAGCCUUUUUGUCAGGCUGCCUUUCCAGGCCAAGACCCCUUCACAGCUCCACCUUCUUUCAGCGUUCAGGACCAGUUCAACUCCCAGAACCACUUUGCUCCUCAGGCAGGCUACCCGACCCCAUCGUUCUACUUCCCUCCAUCCUCAGAAACCCCAAAGGCUCCCGUGGAGGGCCAGUCUCGCUCCUCUACGCCACAGUCUGGAGGAGGUGGAGCCCCGGAAUCCCCACCCCUGUUCCAGUCUCGCUGCAGCUCACCCCUCAACCUGCUAGAGCUGGAGCUGUCUGUGGACAGACAGGACAGCACAGUGCUCUCCGCUGGAGGACAAGGAAAUAAUACGGCUGAGCGGGAGAAAGGAGCAAGUGGCAGCCAGGCCAAGGAGAGGGAGCUGAAGCAGCCAUCUCUCAGUCUCCUUGGUCCACCUGGACCCUUGUAUUGCGAGGGCACGCCCUGUGUCUGUGAGCGUUUGUCUUGGGAUAAAUGGGGCUCUAGGCUGAGGGCUUGCAGCAAAGAGGCAAGUUCACGUGGGGAUGGGAACAACAGUGAUGCCAACUCUUUGUCCAGCGACAUGUUGGACAUAAUUCUCCAUGAGGACUCCUGCUCAGGCACUGGCUCAGCCACCUCGGGGUCCAUGGGCUCAGGGUCCAACGGCUGUGGAACUUCAGCCAGCGGGACAUCUAAGAGCAGGACGUCAGCCAGUGGAGCCUCGGCUAGUGGGGCCUCAGGCAGUGGAACAGGAAGCAACAACAGUAGUAAUUACUUUGGCAGCGUGGAUUCGUCCCAGAACAGCCAGAAGGUCAACGGUCACUUGAGCAGCAGCGAGGGAAGGCUGGUGGAGAUGGGGCAGAGCGAACACUUCAUCAAGUAUGUACUGCAGGACCCGCUGUGGCUGCUCAUGGCCAACACCGAUGACAAGGUCAUGAUGACCUAUCAACUGCCCUCGCGUGACAUCCAGAAGGUGCUCAGUGAGGACAGAGAGAAGCUGAGGCUGCUGCAGAAGAGCCAGCCGCGCUUCUCAGAGGAGCAGAGGAAGGAGCUGAUGGAGGUCCACCCCUGGAUAAAGAAGGGAGGUCUGCCCGAGGCGAUAGACAUCAAGGUGUGCUCCUGCUGUGACAGCGCCUCAGAGGCAGCGGUGGCGGCUGAGGAUCAACCAGACCUGGACAUCGGUGAUAUAGAGACGGGGGAGGUCGGCUACCAGCGGAGGUCCGGAGACGAACCUUCAAACACUGUUAUCAUUUCCUGCCACGGCCCCUCUCCUGGCUCCACAACCAGCUAGACAAUAAACUCUGCAAGACUUUCAGAGUGACAUUCACUGACUGUCAGCCUCUUGCUCUGCACGAGAGUGAAGAGGGACCUACUUAAUAUAAAGCAUCAUACAGGCCCACACAAAAUUCUUCAUUACUGUCUCUGUCUUGCUGUUGUUGUUGUACCUGUUUAGAAGUCAGGGAAAAACUGGCUCAAACAGUUAAGACGUGUGUAGAAUUUGAAUAUACGUAGUGGACAUCAAAUUACAUUUUAUAUACUUAUAAGCUGCAUGAGGGGGAUUGUUUUGUUGCAAGCGGGAAGUGCUGGGCUCUAUGACCUAUGUAUGUUCAGCCUUUAACAAUGUGCAGCACCGAGGGGAAGCGUUUUAUGCACUGAUUAGGAGAAGCAGAGCCCAAUAAGGGAAAUACAAUAUGUGCACAUACACCAGGCAGCACAGUGAAGGUCAAACAAACAUCAACGAACUGGAGGCUGCUUUAUUCACAUGCCAGGAAGUGACUCGGUGGUGUUCUAACUGCUGCGGUUAAUGAAUUAAUUAAGUAUUAUGUGACAUGAUUUCCUCAGUUGCUGUACCUGAGGAACAACAACAACAACUACAUCAGCAUGUGGUGAGAACAGGGGGAGUUAAGUCAACUCAGUUUCAGUCACUCCUGUCAUUCAUACCCAUCAAGCACCAAAUGAACGCAUGAAGUGCAUUUUGUGGGUUGCUGGAAGAAAAACAAGAAUGAGACUCCUGUACUUCUGCUCGACUUGCCCAAAUUAAUUUCUGCUGUGUUGCAUAUAGUCACAAGGAUGAACUUAAAGUGCAAAACACAAACUUGCUCCCAUAUACAGUAGUUAGCAGGCAUGGACUUUUCACCACCUCCAUCCAUGCUCUGAUAUCGUCACUUAACUUAGAAAGACAAUCUGGUGCAACACGUACUCCCUGUGUCACAUGUUACCUAAUGUAGCUUUGGGUUUUCACUCUUUAUUUGUAUUUCCAUUCAUUAGUUUCUUACUAAAUGCAGUUUCAGCUGUGAAACUUUCACAUGCUUUGAUUUCACAGAUGCCUCUCAUGUAAAGAAAGUGUAUUUAUCGCAUUUCAAUGCCUGUGUGAAUGUUUGUCUUUGACUCAACACAUAUAUAUUUUUGCAUACAAUAAUUGUUUGUGUAUAAAGAGAUUUUAAGUUUUUAAGAAAAACCAGCUCAAGCAGGACCAAGAUGAUUAAUAUUUACUGUAAAUACUAUUUUAAAAUUGUAAGUUUUGUUCACCAAUUCCCACCAUGGACUGAAAUAUGUAUGUAGUAUGUUGUUUAUGGUGGGUGAUAAAUAUAAAGUGAGGAGAAUAUUGAUGUUUUCCCCAGUUUAAACGUGUGCCACAUGGCACAUAAAAUGGACUGAUGUUGGCCCUCAUAAAUAUGGAAAAGAGCAUCCUGUGGAAGUGACUGAAGCUGAUUACUGUUCAGAACAAACAUGUGGUCACUUCAGAAGUCAAAGUUUAGGGUUAUUGCACGGUAUAAAGCAGCUCAGACAGAUGUCAAGUGGCUGUGUGGAGAGCUUUCCUUCACUUUGAAGCUUUUAGAAGAAACUGUUUCUUGGCAACUUGAACAUGUCCUGAAUUUGUCAUUUGUCUUUUUGUUAUUGAACAGACACUGACAACAAUGCACCUUAUUAUUUAUUUUUCCCCCUUCUUAUUUGUAAUGCAAGAUAUUCUGUUCUGGUAAAUUUUCUCUAAAUAAAAUGUUGCCUACUUUA